CGUUGGCUCGACUCGUUUUCGUCUUUUGUUGAUGUCAAGGCAGAAACAAAGUCCUGCGUCCACCGCGGGAGCGCGCCUCUGUGUUGUGAAACGCACAUUCACCAUAACGAGGCUGUGGUUGCGUGUCUGUGCUUCCCAGUGGCGGUUCAAACCCGCCUCAUCUACUUUACCGUGUUAUGUGGCUCCCUGUUCGCCCCACAUCCCUCAUGAUCCUCUGCUGGAGCGCAUCUGCGGUUAUGUUUGGCGCGACAUUUGGUCCGGUUUAAAAACGCAUUUCAACAUGACAACCCUGCGUCAGAGGAAGGGCAGCAAGGGGAAGGAGCCCUCUCCCGCUGCAGAGCUUCAGUCCCAGCAGCACAACUGUUGCUCUGAACACCAUCCAGAGAAGAUCCUGCAUGGUGAUUGGUCAUGGGGAGCUAUAAUCUGGACAUCAGUUGGUUGGUCUGUCUCUGUUGGUCUUGGCCUGCUUUGCUGCAUCUACGUGGCGACACUACAUGAGAACGACCUGUGGUUUUCCAACAUAAAGGAAGUGGAGAGGGAGAUCUCCUUUCGGACAGAGUGUGGACUAUACUACUCCUACUAUAAACAAAUGCUGCGCGCCCCAUCAAUACAAGAAGGCCUCAAAGAAUUGAUCCAUGACAACUUGACAGAAUCCAAGAGGACCAUUAACCUCUUGCAGCGAAUGAAUAUCUACCAAGAGGUCUUUCUCAGUGUUCUCUACAGAUUGUUGCCCAUACAGUCAUAUUUGGAGCCCGUGUACUUUUAUAUUUACACAGUGUUCUCGCUCCAAGCUGUGUAUGUGAUCGCUUUGUACCUCACAGCGUGGCUUCUGUCUGGCUCCUGGCUUGCUGGUGCGCUCACCGGGGUCUGGUACAUCCUUAACAGGGUAGAUACUACUCGUGUAGAGUUCACCAUCUCCCUCAGAGAGAACUGGUCUUUGCCCUUCUUAGCGCUGCAGGUCACCGCUAUCACCUGUUACCUCAGACCCCAGCUCACCACAUUACAGCAGAAGGUGAUGGUGUGGCUGAUGUAUGUGACGACGUUCUGUUUCUGUCUGACCUGGCAGUUCAACCAGUUCAUUCUACUCGUUCAGGCUCUCGUCAUUUACACCCUGGACUGCGGUGACUUCUUAACAACUACACAGGUGACCACGCUGUACCUUGUUCAAGUGAGCAGCCUGCUGAGUGUGUGGUUCCUCCAGUUCUGUAACUCCAUGAUACUGGGAUCACUGGUCCUGAGCUUCAUAGUAGCCGCGCUCUUCAUCAGACAUUGCCAGCCUGGUGUAAAGACUGGAAGCCUGGUGGUUCGUUUGGGCAAAGUUCUUCUCCACAGUGCCCUGGUUCUCCUCCUCACUGUCACCAUCAACUACCUGGCCAAGAAAGCCCUCCAGCUCCGAUCAGACGAGCACAUCUUUAAAUUCACCAAGUCAAAGUUUGCUUUGGGUCCCACCAGGGAUUUUGAUGCCAGUUUGUAUCUGUGUGAGGAGGCCUUUGGCCUGCUUCCCCUGGACACACUGGAGCGCCUGGCCGGUACCCUGCUGCUGUACCCCUACGUCCUCACGCUGCUGCUGCUCUGUGGCAUGUUGGUGGCGGCAGCACUGCACAACCUGAGCAGGCCUAGCAGAGGUUCGACGGAGGAAAGGAAAGGAGCCGGAGAGGGUCAAGUGGCGGCAUUUCGUCCAGAUGUGGUCUACAAUCUGCUGCACACGCUGUUCUACGGCCUCCUGGCUUUCAGCACAAUGAGAAUGAAGUAUAUAUGGACUGGCCACAUGUGUGCGGUCGCAGCCUACGGUGUGUGUGGGACCGAGCUGUGGACCGUGCUUCUCAGCGCUCUCCGUUGCAACACGAAACUUCUGUUGAGGCUUGUCAGAUAUGUCGUUCCUGUUGUGAUGAUCGGUUUCCUGUAUUACAAGUUCUGGCCUAAGCUGAUGGAGGAGUUAUCAGAACUGAGGGAGUUUUAUGAUCCAGACACCGUGGAGCUCAUGACCUGGAUUAGCACAAAGACACCCAAACAGGCAGUAUUUGCUGGAAGCAUGCAGCUCCUGGCGGGUAUCAAGCUGUGCACAGGCAGAGUUCUCACCAACCACCCCCAUUAUGAAGAUAAAGACCUGCGGGAGCGGACCAGACAGGUGUAUCAAGUGUACGCUCGCCGCUCCCCAGAGGAAGUCUACGAUAUCCUGAAGGCUAUUGGGGCUGACUAUGUGGUGUUGGAAAACAGCAUCUGCUACGAGCGGAGGCACAGGCGAGGCUGCAGACUGCGGGACCUGCUCGACCUGGCCAACGGACAUAUUAUGGACGGACCUGGAGAGAAUGACCCCGACCUCGUCCCUGCCACCCACCCUCGUUUUUGCGAUGCCAUCAAGACGGACGCGGCGGCUUACAACGCUCUCUUUACCAGAACAUUCCAGAAUAAAACCUUCCAUGUCUACCGGCUCAAGAAGAAACGCAAGAAAAAUACGAAGGGCUCAUCAGAGCCCAGCGUGACUCAGUAGCAGGACCAGGGCUGCAAGACAACCCCAGCAGAGGCCAGAGGGGAGAGAGGAGGAGAGGACGAAAUAAAAGUGCUGAAUCCUUGCUGUUCCUCUGUCUCCUCUUUGCACUGCGCCCAGCUGUGAUCAUGGCCAUUAUUUCUUCAACACGUGGCUCUUUGGACGUGCUGUUAGAACAGCGGGCCGGUCUGUGCUUCGGGCUGCAGUGUUUUUGUGAGUGGAGAGUGGAAGCAAAUGUAGGAAUCCUGCUUUGGGCUGAUCUACGUCCACUCGUUCAGCCACCGUCCACCCCAAAAAAAGUUUAGAUGACUAAGUGAAACUUAAAGAUUGAAAUACAGAGAAGUCGUAUAUAUUUGCAGCUGAGUUCUUCUUUGCCAAUGACAGUAGGGGCAGAAAUCGAAGAUUUGUUGAGCUCUUUCAUUUGUAGGGAUUUAAACUGACUUUUAAAAAUAUAUCCAACGUAAGAUCGAAAAGGUUCAGUUUCCACUGUAGUUCAGUUGUUUUAGGAGUAGACAGCAGACAUUAAGUAUAAAUGUCUAGUUUAUAAAAAAACUGAUACAACUGAAAAGAUUACAGUCAGUUAAGAGAUGAUGUAUUUUUCAGAACUGACCUACGUGUUCUUUCAGAUGGGUAACGAGCCACUCCAGUCAGUCUGUUUCAGCCAUGUUCGUGUAAAGGAAGCUGGUCAUCAGCCAUCGGCCUCAUUCAUUACAUGUUCUCAGAUUAAUAAUUGAACUUAUUCCUGUGCUUGAUUUUGAUUCAUUAAACAUACUGAACACAAAAACAUGCUUAAACAGGUUGUCAUAGUCCCAGUGGAAACUCAUGUGGCUGUUAAAUUUUACUGUUACCAUCCUGUCAUCCUGUCAUCCUUUUACCCACAAGCCUAAAAACUACGUGCCAAACCCCAACUUAACCUCAACCUGAACCUACUUUAAGCCUAAAACCAAGUUGUAACCCUCAAACAGGUCUUUGAACUUCUCUACAAAAUGUCUCAAACGAAACACAAACUUCAAUUUAGGUUUAAUUGAAUUUUUAUUUGUGAUCUGUGAGCGAUGACUUCAGUCACUCUGAUGCAGGUUGGAGAAGUUGUUCUUGAGAAAGCCGCAGUCUGCCCGUUCUGCACAGCUAGCUUUUGGACAGGAACACACACACACACACACACACACACACACACACACACACACACACACACACACACACACACACACACACACACACACACACACACAGUGUGUCCUUACAGCUGUCAUCUUUAUAAUUACCUUCCUAUGAUGUGUCUGGGAGACAUCUCUACAUGGUAGCUUCAGAAUAACCUGCAUCACACACUCUGUGAACAUACACACCAUUUUAAAUUACUGUGUGAUUUCCUUCUAAAGAAUCUGUAAUAUCCACACAAACAUAGCAAGAAAAUUACGUGGGGGGGGCACGAUCAUUACUCUCUCUCCUUCACCAGAUAUAUAUUCAUUAGGGACGAUCCACCAGAACAUCAGUCCCAUGGAGAGGCCAUGUACCAGAUACACAGUGGGUAAUAGAUUUGUUAGAUCACCUGUUAUAAAAACAAAACACAAAUAUUUUAGAAAUCUGUCAAAAAAUUUCUAUUUUUUUAUUAAUUAGGCAAAUAAACUGUAUCCAAAUCUGAGCCAAGACACCUGACUUUUCAAUGAAGUCUGAAAUUCAUCAAACACUAAAAUUAAUUCUUCUGUAACUGUAAUUUGUUAUUAUUUUUUAUUUUUAUUACUCUUUUCUGCCUUUUUGUAAAAGUAAAAUUUGAAAAUUAAUGGACCAAGACAAUAACUAUAUUAGAAGAUGAAAGAGCUUGCAGAUACUGUUUUAUUAACCAUUACACAACCCUGAAAAUGUGUUAUGGUAAUAACCAAAACUCUUUAUUUGGUCUGGUGGUGGUCUAAUAAAUUUGUUAAGCUGUGUAGCUUCUCAUUUCUGUUUGCAGGAUCUUUGUGGUUUUCUCCUCUGAUGAUCAGUCUGAGAGCUGGCUGCUAGCUGAUGAGCUCAGUUUAGCUCCCACCCCUUUCUCUUGAUUUUACUGUACGGUAUUUUUUUUCUCAGGAUUGUACAUAAAAAUAAAAAUAUAUUAUUAAAAAGAAGGUUUAAGAAAAAGUUUGCUAACUGCCUCGUUAGCUUCCAAUAACUUUCAGCAUAACAUGCGUCUUGCUAUAAGAGCAGAUCAGUAGAGAGUUUAUGGUGUUACAGAGAUAAUCAUAAGCUGUUGCAGGCUCAUUAAAUUGACAGUUUAUUGCUUCUGCCAUGAAUUACUUCAACUGCCAAAUUUCUGGUAUCCAUUAUCGAGCCCCUGUACAGCUACUACACAGGUGGACUUCCUGCUGUGGGCUCAAAAGAGUGCAGGUUUUCAGACUUGGAAACUACAGACAUCUUUAAUAUACAGUCUGUGUAUUGUUGCCCAGGAACAGGAAAUGCUGAGAGUUGUUCGUUCAGUGAUUGUUUAGUCGUACUCGGCUGUAGCCAAACCGAGGAGGUCAGACCACUAGCGGAGCUCAGAUGUGGCCCCUUUGUGGUGGGGCACAUGUGGCUGCUGUGAUAAAUGUUACGAGUUACCCCAGAAAAAGAAGGAUAAUUCCGUUAGUUUCGCUUUCUGCCCGGCUGCUUAAAUGUGCUUUUGCUGUAAAACUGAGGUCAGAGUUGGUACCAAGUGGUAUUUGUGACGGUGUUGUUGUUGUUGUGAUUGCUGUCAUGUUUUUUCUCUUUCUGUGAUUCUCAUCAGCAGCAGUCUCAACCUUUUCAUUCUUGUCUCUCUGCCACACACACACACACACACACACACACACACACACACACACACACCCCCCAAGCCACAAACACACAUGAAUAAUGUAAGUGGCGAGGAAAUUGCAGCAGCCUGACAACGGGGCUGAUUCUGAGCCACAAUCCAAAAUAGAGAGAGAGGGGCCAACACUUGCAUAUCAAACCGAGGCUUUGUGGUUAGACGAGAAAGCGGGGAGGAGGAGAGGGGAUGACAGACGAUGCUCAUGUUUAAACAGCAGCACAGGAGAAAUGAGAGCGCGUGAAAACAUGAAUUCUCAGUGAUCUUCCUCAUUUUCUUCUUUCACACCAGAGGAAAGGAGAGGAGGUGACUGAAAGGCUGGAGCUGCGUAGGUAAUUAGUGGUUGGACAAUUAGGACCCUCCCUCCGUCCCUUCCCCUUCAUCUCGGCUCAGUUUGCCUGUAUUUGUACACUUGUUAAUAAGGACCUCGGUCUUUGAUAAUCCACGCUCUCGCAGAUGCGUGAGCACUCCUGCACACGUUGUUGCAGGGCUUUUGAAAACACGGUGUUCGUUAAAGGCGAGGCCUCGUCGUGAUGCAUACCAAUCGGAUAAGCGGAACGAGAAUGCUUGUUCCUCCCGCCUCCAUAUUGGAUGUUUAAUUUCGGAGAUGUCUGAUUGCUUUAUUUGAGAGCGAAGUGAUUCCAUUAGGUUUGACUAAUAAGAGUCUACUGAUGUAAUACUUUUUCAGCAUUGUUAAUUUCCAUACAUAUUGGGUUUAGUAGCAGGCCGCUGCUGCCUAUGGUUUUCUUAAUGAAGAGGCGAUGAAGGCGGUCAUUAACCUGUGCGCACAUGUACAGUCUGCUCUGGUUUAAAGUGGAUGUUUGUGAAAUACAUUUAAGAUGCUCACUAGACGGCUUUGUGCAACUAAUGAACUUGUUUGGAUCCAAGUUUAGUUUGAACAGUCUGUUUUUGGGACAACCGAUUUGAAACCUGGCCUCGGCCCUGAACCGUGAUGAGACUGUGUUUGCUGAUGUUAGAGCAACAGGCGGACAACCUUAUUCUUGAAGGUCUUUCCACGUGAUUUUAGAAGUCAAAGAACUUUAAUCCCAAUCUAAAAAAAUCAAACAAGAGAUGUUGGGACUGCUCCCAGAUGCAGGAUUGGUUUUCAUCCAUUGGGCUGAAGCUAGAUGAGAUCAAAUUAUCAUCUGUCGUAGAUGAAACCCAAGCAGCUCUCUAUAUCGCCUGGACUGAGCCAUAAUUGUGCAGAUAUUGUGCUAUUAGCAUCCUUUGGCCUUGGUGCUGUGAUGCCAUGGUGACCCAAGGGUUGCUUGUUUGGGAUUUCUUGAUGUGCUGUUUAAACUGUUUUAUUUCUACACCCAGCUCAGUAGUUUUCAUUGCUGAAGCUUAAACAGCCACAAAAUGUACAAAAUAAAUGAAAUUUGGACUUUUUCAGUCAAAGAUGAAAUUCAGUGCUGUCAAAAUCUGAUCUCCAGGCUAAGAAGCUGCAAGUUUAGCCACCUGCUUGUGCAAACUUUGCCCAUCUUUGAGCUCGCAGUCCAGUUUCAGAGUCCAGUUAUUACUUUGACUGUUGCACCAGCUCACCAAUGCCAAAGUAAACCUUGUGCACAUUUGUUACCUCUUUUUAACUGGUGUAGUCCCAGUGCUCAAGCAGAGCCAGCUCUACCUUGAACAGAAGUGAACACCUUUUAGCGUUACUAGAAGAAAGUGGGGAACACUAUUUAGUGUUUUAAUGGGAAGAAAUGUAGACUUCAUCUGUCAUUCAUAGGUUCCCACUUUGGGAACUACUGAUCUUUUUGUGAUGGAACCUGUUCUGGAUUGAACGCCAGCAUCACUUCUGUGAAAGAGAGGUGUGUGCGACCUCAGCAGCCUCUGGCAGGAUUUGACGGACUGAGAUGAGGAGAUGUUAAUUUCCUGGCUAUGUAAUGAUGUUGGUUGGGGAUUGAUCAGAAAUCUCUCUGCCUUACUGGAACCUGAGUUAGAUUAGUGUGGAAAAAGUGGGAAAUAACACUGGUUAAUGCUUGACAUUAAGAGAUGCACAUGAUUGGACAAAAACAGGUGGAACCAAUGACAUUUUUAAACUAAGCUUAAGUGUGGUUUUAAGUGUUUUGCUGGCAUAUUUGAGCUGAAGAUUAAGAUUUUCAGAAAACUUUUUUUACUCACCAUCAGCUAACGAUUCAACAUAGUCUGUUGGUAUUUAUUGUAAAUUAUCAGUCUGUCAUGUGCAAUGGUGUGCAAAGAGCAUCUGUGUCAAGGGAACACUACAUUGUACCGCACAGGUUCUUGGUACAUUUUAUUUCACCUGUGAGUGUUAAAUUAUUAAAAAGUUCACAUUCACAUUAGAGUGAGCAGGAUAGGCUCUCAUACCAAAAUCUCAGCCCAGCUGGGAAGCAUGGUAGAGGGACAUCAUGGUUUGGGAUCGCUUUACGACCUCAGUAUCUGGACAUUCAGCAGAGUGUCAGGGCAGUUGUUAGAGGAGGGUUUGAUCCCGGUGCCUACACACUGCUGUUCAUGAAGACUCUGGCUGACAUUUUGACCCUUUGUCUCCAGUUUGCCUGAGGACACAUGCAGACUUUGUCUAAGGCAAGAACUUCCACUUCAUGCAGUGUGACAUUAAAGGUGUCUUGGGUGGAGCAAACAACCCAAAAAGUACAGGAAACAGAAGUUUGCAUGAAAUAGCAGGAAUGAAGUCUGUGCUGUGUUAGACACCGAAUUAGUUUACUUUUAACGGCUGACAGAGAAAGCAAAUCUAUUAUUUGACCACUCAUCACGUCUUUUAAGACAAGAGCCUGAAAGAUGUUAAAAUGAGAUUGGACCUUAAAAUUCUCAAUGUUAAGAAACGUCUUUUGGCUUUGUUAAGGCAACAUCGUGCGAUGUUACAAAGCGGUGUCCUUCGUGUUUUCUAUCAGUUUGAGCCCUCGUGAACUCAGGUGAUGUCAAUUUCAGUUUCUGAGGGCUCAAUUUUUGGGAUUGAGUCAAGUAGAUCAACAGAAAGGCUGAAGGAGAGUACAUUUCAGGUUUUCAAAGUCUGAGUCCUGACCUUAAUUCAAGUGACGUGCUGCAAGUAUGACCUGAACGCAGCAUCCCAGAAAUACUGAUACCCUGGUAGGACGACUUACUGUGUCUGAUGGAGUCCCUAAAGUCAAGAUUUAACUUGUUUUCCAGCCUUUACAGUUAGAAUUACAUUGAAUAAUCACUAUUUAAAUGAAGAGCUUUUCUUGAGUAAUACUUGUAGACAUCCUGAUAAUCCUAAAGAGUCCUCACACCUUCAGCUUCAUUUAAACCAACUUUGAACUCUUUCAUUGCGGAAACUGUUUAUUUGUGUUUAAUUGAAAAAAGAAAAUACUGUAAUAUGUAUCUUGGUGCCUUUUGGUCAUUUUUCCUUUUUGCUUGGUGUUCCUUUUUUUAAAAAUCCACUAAAGUCAUUCUGUGCUGUUAUUUUCUACUGUAAAGCCACAAAAAUCAUCAAACUUGUAAAUGUUUACUCUGCCGUUAAAAGUCCUUCUCCUGCUGGUGGAGGGAUACGUGAAGUGCCAGUUUCAGAUAUUAUUAGGCAGUGUGUCAAUAAAACAUUUUUCCCCCAACAAUGC